CAUUCUAGUAUAGUCCAAGGCGCGGCUAGAUUGACCGUUCUGUGCUGGACCAGUGUCAACGAGUCUCUAUGUACUGUUCCUUUGUUGAUUGAUGUGCAUUGAUAUCAUCAGGCUCACCACCCCCAAAUCGGCCCUCCAUCCCAUCAAUUGAGGACACUGAGAAAUCUUUCAUGUUGAACAAAAUGAAGUUUAUCCGUUUUCUUUCUGUGACUGCCCAAUUUCAUGCCUUUGUUCCAUAAAAGAAGAGAUGCUUACAUCCCAACAUUUUGUUGUCUUCUAUUGUUACUGAUUCACAAUUGUUCAUAUAUUCAUAAUUCUAAGUUGUGUAGUAUUUGCUCUAGGUUUCGUUUUAGAUGUCAUAUAUUAUUGGACCUACAACGACUGCCAUAUUAUACCGUACAUUGCUACACAUGAUUUGGAAAGUAAUGCCUUCAAUUUGUGCAUUCUGAAGUAGUUGGAGGUCUAUAGUAAUAUACUCAGAACUACAUGUAAAGAAACCCUCUGAUACUGCUCUUUCUUUCUCCAAAUCUUCUUCACAGAAAUUAAAUAAAAGUGAGACUUGCCUUGGUAACUAUAUUUUUGUCUAAUUUUAGCUAGCAAAAAUGUGUAUUACACUCGUUUUUUAAAAAGUGCAUUACACUUCAUUUUCUUCUGAGAUAAAAGGAUGCCACAACUACUUUUUGGAAUCUAGAAUAAAUAAAUAGGGGUAUCUACAAUGGAUUGUUACUGGUGAUAGAAAGAGGAAUAAAUCUGCCGUUAUCUUUGUUGACAAUGAUGCAUGAAAAGUCAUGGUGGAAUGUGAAGGGUUUUAGGAAAAUUGAGUGGCAAAUCAUCCAAAAUUGGAGUCCCAAUCCAAGUUUCAGACUUUCAGUUCUUGUUUUUUAGGGCAUGGAAUCAUUGUGAGCACUUAGAAGAUUUAUUAAAAAAAAUGUAUGCUACCAGUACCAUUUUCUUUACCUUCACAUUGGGUACUUUGUCCAAGAAGUUGUACUUUUGACUGGCUCAGGAUGUGACAUUUGCUCUGCUUGACUAUUUAAAUUAGAGUGAAUUUUAGGUGCUAAAGGAAGGGGCUAAAAUUAGGAAUAGUAUCAGUUGGGUAUGUGAGAACAUGAAUGCAUUAAUUCUGUAUUUUGAGGUUGAGAAGCGCAAAAGCUGUAUUGUUUGUGAUGCUCCUGCUGGCUGCAACAGUCAUAUGUUUUAUUGAUCUGCUGGAGUUCUGGGUGCAAUAGUUAUGAAUGAUUUUGUAUUUCCUGAUCAAGUCGUCAUACAAAGAGAAUGUCAGGAAGCAGACCAAUUAUAUUUUUUCCACCAGGGGUUGAAAAAUUGGAAGUUUCAUGUUAGGUUGAGAUUGACUCUAUUGUUGGGUUUGUUGGGUGGUGGGCCCACUUUCAAACUUUCUGUUAGAAGCUUUUCUCUAUGCUUAAGAAAAUACACUUCCAACUUAUAAUGCAGUGGCUCAUUGUUUAUUGUCUGGACUGUCUAUCUUUGUUGUGUGGCUGGUCCACCUGGUUUGUGCACCUUUGCUAUAAGUUUACUUUCAUACUUCAACAAGGUUAGUUAGUACCUUCAUUUUUUAGUUUAUGCAGCACAAGCUCAUAACUUUCGCAUGAUUCAACAGGGGAAAGAAACUUCUGAUCCUGAAAAUGGCAGACAGUGUCCCUUCUUCGAGGAGCUGCACGCCGUCUUCACAGAACGUGCUAGAAAUAUGCAGCGCCAACUCCUUGAGUCUGAAUCUGGAGCUUCUGUUAAAAGGAAACUGAAGCGACCUAUUGGUGACCGGUCAUCUGGGGAGUCUGACGGCGAGGAUGAUGGUGGUGAAGAAACCGAAGAUGAGAAACCCAUGCACAUCAGAAAGAGGAAAGCUGAUGACAAGAAGCAGCAAUCCCAACGAAUGCCAGAGAAGUCAAGAACAGGUGUUUCAAGCAUCCAUGAACUGCUGCAGGAUUUCCUGGCACAGCAACAGCGUAUUGACAUCCAUUGGCAGGAGAUGAUGGAAAGGCGUGCCCAGGAACGGGUUGUUUUUGAACAAGAAUGGAGGCAGACGAUGCAGAAGCUGGAGCAGGAGAGGUUGAUGCUGGAACACUCGUGGAUGCAACGUGAGGAACAAAGAAGAAUGAGAGAAGAAGCACGAGCUGAGAAAAGGGACGCUCUCCUGACCACACUGUUGAACAAACUCCUCCAAGAAGACUUGUACAUUUUGAUACCAAUUUGCACCCUUAAUGUGGUCUUUAAAAGGAAAGAAAAAUGGUCAUGUGAUCUGUAUAGUCGAAUGUGUCUGGAUAUCAAUCCUGUGUUUCAGCUUAAGUGCUUUCAACCAGCAGCCGGGCUUGCGCGAGAACUGGAUAAGGGAGGGCCAGAGGCAGAGGGAACCGGGGCAGCGGCGAUGGAGGUGCGGCCGCUCCCUCUUCUCCUCGCCCAACACCACCACCCUCGCCUCCCCGGGCUCCUCCCCGAUCACCCUACCUACUGCCUACCCAGCCCCCGCCUCCGAGUCCGCGUCCGCGAUCGCAGGCUGAAGCGGCUCGCCGCGGUGCCUUCCUGGCGUCCACACGGCAGCCAGGCCGACGCGCCCGGCCGCACUGGCUGGGAGUGGGCGCCGAACGCCGCGGUGGCGCUGGUGCUCCAGCUGGCCAUGUGCUCGCUCCUGUUUCUCUUCCCUUCUCGCGCCCGAGCUCUCGCGCUCCCGCCCCCUGCUAGCGCCUCCGCGGCCGUUGAGGCCGCGCAGGAGGAGGAGGACCAGGAGUGGGAGGCCGCGCUGCAGAAGUGGAAGACCAAGACGUACGCGCUCUCGGUGCCCCUCAGGAUCGUCGCGCUCCGCGGCUCCUUCCCUCCCUUGUGGAUUAAGGAUUUCGUUGAAUCUCAGGGCAAGAGGCUCAAAUUCAGCCCCGAGCUCCGUGCUAAUCUUGAUGGGAUCUUUUCUGAUAUGUCCCAAUGUAUGGACAAGGGUCAGGUUCAGCCGAAGUCCGCAAUGGCAGCUGAUAUUGUGUCGAUCGGGGACUCUUGGCUCGGCUAUGCCAUACGUAUGGGAUUGUUAGAACCUGUCAAGAAUGCUGAAGAACAGGAUUGGUUUCGUAGCCUGAGUGACAGAUGGAAGGUUCAUUUGUGCAGGAACCAGAAUGGAGAGGCAGUUCCUAAUGGCUCAGUAUGGGGAGUUCCAUACAGAUGGGGUACCAUGGUCAUCGCGUACAAGAAAAACAAGUUCAAAAGGCAUAAUUUGAAACCAAUACAGGAUUGGGAGGAUUUGUGGAGACCUGAACUUGCUGGGAAGAUUUCAAUGGUUGAUUCUCCGAGAGAGGUUAUUGGUGCAGUUCUGAAGCACCUGGGGUCAUCAUAUAACACAGUUGACAUGGAAACAGAUGUCAAUGGUGGUAGAGAAGCAGUCUUGGAAAGCUUUACACAACUACAAAAGCAGGUCCAACUAUUCGACAGCAUGAACUAUCUGAAAUCAUUUAGUGUUGGAGAUGUAUGGGUUGCAGUGGGCUGGAGCAGUGAUGUGAUUCCUGCUGCAAAGCGAAUGUCUAAUGUUGCGGUGGUUGUUCCCAAGUCAGGCAGCAGCCUAUGGGCUGAUCUAUGGGUGAUACCAUGUGCAACAAGAUUACAGACCGACCAAAUCGGCGGCAGAACCAGAGGCCCAUCCCCACUCAUCCACCAAUGGUUCGACUUCUGCCUACAGAGCGCUAGGAGCCUGCCCUUCCGGCGAGAUGUCAUCCCAGGUGCGUCACCACUGCACCUGGAGAACCCUGUGCCGGAGGUCCCUCAAGAUAAGAACAAGAGGAAGCCAAAGCUGGACACGAACCUCGUCAGGGGAGUGCCUCCACCUGAGAUCCUCGAGAAAUGCGAGUUCUUAGAACCCCUGUCCGGUAAGGCGCUGGAGGAUUACCAGUGGCUGGUGUCAAGGAUGCAGAGACCACGGCCUGGUCUGUUCGAUACCGUGUUGCAAAAGAUAUCAAGUGUAUUUGACUUGAAAUCGAGAUUUUAGGGCGCGUCUACUUAACAUGACCCCUUUUUUCCCGUGUUGUAGCGUUUCUCGUUGUCUAAUUCUGUGUUGGGUCAUUGACGCUGCAGUCGUCGAGAGGCAGGCGUAAACGUUCAGUGCUUCAGACA